CGAGAACACUGUCCUGCUCGUCGUUGUGGGGCCGGCGCACGAGAGCCGACAGAACCCCACGCGCUCCUUUUAUUGUUGGCUUCUAGCCGCCCACACCCGCACCCGAGGCAACAACAGUUCCCCAACGAAACAAGUUGAGGGGCGCGUCGAAGGACGUGGGUAGAGCUACGCGCAGAGCUACACCCCCGGACGCCUACGCGCGCGCCGCCAUCUUGAAUUUGUUUUUUUGCUAGUUUUGCUUUCUCUUGCUACUUCUCUCUCUGAAAACCUUUCACCCUUCGUCUCUCUCUCUUCCGCAGUCGUGACGUCGCGCGAGCGGCGUCCAAUCGGAGGGCGCGCUCGUCCGCGCGCCUCGCUCCCAUUGGCGGAGCGCGAGAAGCAGACAGCAGCGCUACUGCCGUCUGCUUCCCGAAGCACGCGUCGGCGUCGACGCUGCCGCCGCUGCCGCCGCCGGGGAGGACGACCAACAUAGCCCAUAGUCGGAGCAGCAAUGGCGGUGUGGUGAUGAUAGCGCCGGUUGUUGUGUCGUUCCCUCGCGUUGCCUGAAUCCCGCAUCGGACUCGAGUCGGGGCCUCCCAUGCCGCCGACGUUCCCCGCUCCAGAAUGCCGUCGCGCGACUACUGUACGACCGUGAUGAGCGGCGGUGGCGCUUGCCCGACCGUGGAUCCCGACUGGGUAGCCCGGCGAGUCCGCGAGUCGGCGUCCGAGCUUCUCCUGCUCGACUGCCGGUCCCCGGACGACUUCGCCCGGUGCCGCGUGCGGGGAUCCCUGGGCGUGAGCCUCCCGGCCUCCGUGCUCGUGCUUCGGCGGCUCUCCGACGGCAAGCUGUGCGUUUCCAGCGUGCUCCGAGAGGCUCGCCAGCGGGAGUGCUUUCAGUCGCGGUACCGGGACGUGCCCGUGGUGCUAUACGACGCCGACGGCGCGUACGGCUGCGACGGACAGGUGACUGGAGUUCUCGUCCAGCGAUUACGUCAAGAUGGCUGUCAGGUGUACUGCCUGAGCGGCGGCUUCUCCGAGUUCCACUCCCGCUACCCGGAGUGGUGCGACACGAGCGAGUCGGACCUGCUGUCGUCGCCGGUGUCCUCGCUGACGACCACGACGGCUCUGCUGGGCCUCGAGACGCUCCGGAUCUCGACGGUUCUGGGCCCGGACUGCGGGUCGCCCAGGGACUCCUCCGUGGACGACCCGGACCGCUGCGACAGCGGACUCGCCAGGGACGACAGCCCCGGGGGCGCCGACCCGCCGUUUCCGGUCCAGAUCGUGCCCUUCCUCUUUCUAGGCAACGAGGAGAACUCUACGGACCUAGAAGCCCUGGAGCGCAACAACAUACGCUACGUGCUGAACGUGACGCACAAUCUGGCCAACACGUUCGAAGGGCACGGCUUCAAGUACAUGAAGAUCCCCAUCGAGGACCACUGGUCGCAGAACCUGGCCAGUUUCUUCCCCCAGGCCAUCGCCUUCAUCGACGAAGCCCGACAGAAGCGGGUCGGCGUCCUGGUCCACUGCCUGGCCGGCGUGUCCCGCUCGGUGACGGUCACCCUGGCCUACCUGAUGCAGAAGCAGAAGCUGCCCCUGAACGACGCGUACGACCUGGUCAAGAAGCGCAAGGCCAACAUCGCCCCCAACUUCAACUUCCUCGGCCAGCUGCUGGACUUCGAGCAGCUCCUGAACCUGCGGCCGCGGCGCUGCUGCUGCUGCGACACGCCGUGCCGGUGCCGGGCCCUGCACUUCACGUCUCCCACGCGCUCCACGCCGGACUCCGGGAUCGACCUGGACCGCUGGACGUAGCAGGAGUCCCGCGGGGACGGCGCGGUCUUCCAGUUCGCCGACCCCGCGGCAUCCUCCGUGGUACCCGGAGACGCCCGAGGCGCCGUCGUCGCGCCGGACGACGCUGUACCGGUCACCGCGCCGCCGCCCAAAACGACGCCAGACGUCGCCCUAAGAACAACACCAUCCUCAUCGACAUCAUCAUCAUCAUCGGCGGCGUCGCCGCUUGUGGGAACGCCGUCUGAACUGGCGCUCGCCUCGGAGUCGACGUCGUCGCCCGGUGGUCCUUGAGUGGGGGAAAAGACAUUGCCCAGUACCGUCUAGAAGUCGAGGAUCGCGCACUCUUCAUCGUUAGCGGGGUCCAUUGACCAAUACCGCCUAGAAGACGAGGCAUGUGUGUUAAGCCACGAUUAGAAAAGGGGGGGCUUGCACCUGACAUCAUCGCACCGUACCAAUGGCCAUUCUUACUUGUCCUUGCAGAGGAAAACAAAUUUAAUGGCGCAGAACGUAUGCCGCAGGGGGAGUGCCCGCAGCAGCGGGCUCCUUCACCAUGGCCGCCGACGGGACAUCAGUGCGAGCAUGGUAACACUUGGUCGGAGCGCUGUCAAAAGCUAGAAGACAUGUAUACAAAUGCAGAAGUAGGAACUUCACAAGGCCGUAGUGCUAUGGUUUCUACGUCAGCUAUAGUAACGCAGAUUAAAACACGAGCGUUGCGCAAGAGUUUGGCUCGCACUCGUGUGCCGGUUGAGCGCUGUCGCUGCGACUCGUCUCCAAUGUAAUGCCCCGCGUUGACCCGCAGGUCUCGUCUUCUACGUGGUGUUGCGUCGACGCAAAAACGGACUUGACCACGAGUGAACGCUCGCCCACUUUUCAUUGUGCAACGUCGCCGCGCACCACGGACUCGAAUUGUUGUUCUCCCUGCGGUGGGGAGGGUGCCGGUCGGUGUGUGUUUUGGUGGUCGUUGUUAUCGUUGUUGACGUCGUUCGGCGAGGUGGUCGAACGUGUUUUUCUUUUUUUAUCAUUCAUCCUAACCAUCGAGGCAGACUGUGAGGGGGAGACGGUCAGUGGCUCAUAAUUGUCACGUGCCAUUUUUACUUACUGGAAUAUUUUUGUUUUCUCGAAAAACAGUUGUUAGGUUAGCUUUCUUUUUCUUUUAUCUCGGAGGGUUCUUUUUUUUUUUUUUUUUUUUUUAGCUGAACAGUUUGCUCUUUGAUUGUGAUUGCCGGGAAUUCGGUCGGUUAUGAGAAUUGCCCAUAGCUCGCAGGCCACUUGUCUCAAAUGGUCGUUUCAAACUUUUUUCUUUUUUGUUUUAUCUACAUUAAUUCAACUGUACACGGUCACUCGCUGCUUAAGAAGAACCGCGGGGCGUGGCCUAGAUCGAGCAUCUCAUUAUGGCUCCGCAGCCAAUGAGAGUGCAGCAUCGGCCGAUAAGAACGACAAAAAGCCGAUCGCGAGAAGCGAGGAGCGUUAACAUAAUAGGCCCCACCCCUAGGUUUCUUAUGCUCUCAGUGGCGGAGCCAGAAAGAAAUACUUCUGCACCGAUCAGAAACGAAAUGCACAUAUCUGCAGUUCAUCAGUCUCGUAAAAAAGGAUUAUUAUUUUUUUUUAGAGGGAAGAGAGAGGAAGAAGGGGGGGGGGGGGGGGGGGGGCGCUGAUUAUUUUUUUUUCUAGAAAAGGAAAACAAAGCUUUUUGUAGUGCUCAGCUAGAUUUUUUUGUAAGCAAGAUUUUUAAGAAUUGCUUAAAAAUGCUCGCCUGCUACCGCCAUGGCGUAUCCGCUUCGAACCUUCCGAGUAGAAAGAGAAAUGUGCGGCAACGCUGUCGACCAGCCAGCCGUAACCAAGCCUCUUGCCAAAGCGUCUCCAAAAUCAAGUACAAAGCCCUUACUUCCACGGCCGAGUCCCGGUUUGACGGCGUCAAGGUUCAAAUACCCACGUAAACUCUAGAGUGGUUUAAGAAUUGCCUUGAAAUUCUUCGAACGAACAGGAAGGGUGGGAUCGAAACUCUUAAAUUAUUUUGGUAAAGAAUUUUUUUGUUAUUCUUUAUAGCUUAACAUUGAAUUUCUGAAUAGUCGAAUGGUAAACUGGGAUAAGAAAGAAAAAAGAAAUGGCUCUGUUAAACGGCCAGGAACGAUAUUUUAAAGAUAAAAGUUCUUGAAGAUCCGAGCGACCCUAUCCCCAUCAGGAACCACUGCUCGUCAUUCUCGCGUUUGUUUUAUAAAUAUGGCUUACUGCGUGACAUCAGCCUAUUUAUAAUUAUAUACAUUUAAUACCAUUUAAAAGAAAGAAGACCAAGAAAGAAAAAAAAAACUUGCCUAAAAUAUAGGCCCCAAACAUCAUUUUUUUUUUUCGUGGGGAUAUUAAUCGUAGUCGUUUAUUUGCAUGCGAUUCUCAUUUACGUUCGGUUACGUCUUCUUAAUUUUUAGAGAGUGAUUCUGUAAAAUGAUGCUGUAAAUGGCACUAAAACCUAGGAUGUCUGCCAAAGACCAUUGGUGUAUCAAAGAGUUGAGAAAACUGCGGUGUUCUGGCAUGUUAGUUCAUCGUACAAGCAAAGCGUAGUUGCCAGAUUUCGAAACCUGACGUCCUGUCCUCCGUUCGCAAAACCCCGCGUUCAAAACCAGACCGGCCGCGGUAUAGAUGAGGCAUAGGAUUAGAGAUCACUACGGCAGCACAGUGGAGGUAAUCCGUGCCCAAGAAAGUGCCAAAAAAAAGGAGACGCGCACCAGUCAACGUUUGCUCGCAUGCACGACCUCCAUCCCGGCGGUCGUCGGGACGCUGAUGCAGCGCUGCAAGACGCCGGUGCAACUCUGCUCUUGCUGCAGCGUGCUCUUUCUUUGGACGCGUAUAUACCGCGAGAGUCUUGCAGAGCCCGCAGUCGCGAUGUGUAGUUAAUCUUUGCAAUGGGCAUUCUUGUUUUACAAUGCGUAUGCUGUUUCGGUUGCUGCGUGGUUUCGUCUGCUUGCAUGGUUUCAGGGACGUAUUCGGGGCAAUGCAAGACACCUCCCUGCCGUUCUCCUCUUGUAGGCGACUAUGGCAGUUGUUGUUUUAGGGCGUCGUAACGUCCUGCGGACGUCCGUAAGACCGUGCGGUUCUGUACGGGAAGUGUUCCACCCCCUGUGGAGGCGAUUGUGACCUUCUGCACCGUUCCUCCGACCCACACACACACACACACACCUCCCAUUCAUUGUAGAUAGUUUGCUGCCGAUUGUUCUGUUUGUCCUCGAUCGUGUACAUAUUGUACAUUUGGUUUUCACGCCUUGAGACGAUAUGCGACAACGCAUUGACUGCACUCGGUGUUUUUCCUUUUUUUUUUUUUUCAAUCCCAUUUUUUUUAGACUGUUUUUGCUUGUUCGUUUGUUGGCUUGUUUGUUGGGGAAAACGCGCUCUGUUGUUGAAGAUUUUGAGGAAGAAGAAAAAGAAACGAUCGAACCAGUGUUUGGAGCCUGCGUUCGACUUGCGCAUUGUGCAAUUGCGGAUGUUUGUCGCUGACACUCGCCGGAAACGAAAUGGCACGGUCUAUUUCAGCUUUUCGUGCACGAAUCGAAAUUCUCAGAAGGUAUUUGCUGUCACCACCGAUGAUCUUAAAUUCUUGGUUUUUAACUAAACGCAACUCGGGGGACGUUUCACCGAAACAUUCGAUGCAGUGCAGGUGCGAUAUGCGAACCGGUUCAGGGUUCCCAUGUUGGGCUAUUGCUUUAAAGUUUAAUAAAACACAACCGAACCCUGCGGAGCUCGGUAACCAUAGGCGAACGCCGUUGUGGAAGAGAUGUUCCUGCUCCACCUGUCCCUUGGUAGAGACCACGUGACACGAAGCGAAAAAUGGCCCUACCCUGCGUAGUAGUCGGCGAUUAAAGCAUGAUGUCACAAUCACUCGGAUGUGCUGCGUUGUUACGGAGAGAGAGAGAAAGAAUUGCAAUUUGUUAGCCACCAUGUUGUUCCCUCUUGCUCACGAAAACGAAAGGAGCGUAAGCGACAGUGCAAAUUUGUGGUGGCUACGCUGGAUUGUACGCUGUAAAAGGAGUCGGAAAUCUCGGCGUCUGCGCAUAGAAUGACUCGAACCUUCACCGAAUGUGCAUUUGGGUGGUAUGCUUUAUACCUUGUGAAAUUUCAAGGCGUGGUGUCUCUCUAAAAAAAAUCGAGAGCAACAAACCUGCGAAAAGUCAACAGUGGACGUGUUCGCAGACGGCCGGGUUGGCGAUUUUUAUUUUAUAUUAUUUAUUUAUUCCACACCAGACCUAGGGGAUGGUUCAGGCUGGUAGAGCACAAAGGGAAAUGCAGAGAAAACAAGCAAAACACACAAAAAAAGUGUGUGUAACUUGUGCUGCCACUCCUCGAUGGGCGGAGCGAGCAGACGACGCACUCUGUUGUCUGCUUGCUGCGGUUAUCGGGAGAUGGCGCCACGAGUUACAUUCAGUAACCGCGAACGCGUUCGCCAUUGACUUCAAGUUUGUUGGUCUCAUUUCUUGCGGAAAUAGAACUCCACUUUGAAAUUUCGCAAGGUAAAAAACUACCGCAAUGCACACUCGGAAGACAAGUUUGAGCUCUCUCUGAACAGGCGCCGACUUUUUCCGGCUGGUUUUGCAGCGUAAGAUCCACGGUAGCCACCCUUUAUAUACAUAUAUAUUAUAUAUAUGCGUGUUUUUGCGAGUUGUUUCCAAUUUCCGUGUUCUUUUUCUACGACCCAGUUGAUGGGGGCCAAGGGCGCGCUGUUGACGCCGAGUUCACGUUGACGCGUUGCAGUGCAAGUGUUGGAACGACUGUUAAUUUUUCUUUUUUUUCUGUGGUAGACUUUAGGAGUUUCGUUUUCCGGCUUUUUACUCUAUUAAACGUGGAAAUGUACAGGCUGGUCUCUGGCACAUGUUCCCGCGUAAAACGGAUCGCGCAGGUCGGCAGACGGAAAGGAGUUGCGUCAUGAAGAGGUUGACGCACUGCAGCCAAAAUCUGAUUCUUGUCAAAUUCACAAUUAAAACGAAAGAAAAUAGUUUCAGGUAUUGACUUGUUACAGCUUUCUGAUGGAACAGGCUGGUGGUUAUAGCGGCGAUCACAGGUGGCGCCACAGGUCGAUUCUUGAGGUCCCCACGUCUGGCAACAGUGCAAUUCAUCGACCGGUCCGCCAUUUUCAAGGUAGCAUUGGCGUUUUUGGGCGCCAUUUUGUUCGCCGCUCUAAAAGUUGGACCAGUAAAACUUCCACUAUAAAUGGCUCCGAUUCGGCGUGGUGUCGAAUUUCUCGCAUAAGUUGCAAAGCAGUCAGCGUAGCUCUGCGAUCUGUUUUACGAUGGAACAAUGGACUCUAAUGCUCGCUGUAUAGUUUGGCGCAGCGCAACAGCUCCACAAUGUACAGUUUUUUUUUUUUUUUUUUUUUCGAAGUUUUGUGUUUUGGGUGCUCGCGAUCGAUCGCUAGUUCGGUUCAACCUUAGUGUCACCGAUUACGAAAAUUAACUCGUUCUUACUUAAGUUUUGAUAUUGUGAAGAGACUCGUAUAAUGGCCGGACCAAAUGUAGAAUCUUGUUUUUAAAUAUUUUAAUUUUUUUUUUUUACACGCGGAAUGAAGUUUUACGAGGAUUGUGCAGUGUGUGAAAAAAGGGUGUUUUGCGAGUUCUUUUUUUUUUUUUUUUUUAUCGAGUGCGUCCCCCAGGUUGGGGUUGGAUGACGUCUGUGAGGCAAUUGUUAUCGUGGAGAGUUUUCCAUAUACACCUGGAAAAAAGAGCCAAUAAAACGUGCAUAUUUUCAUUGAUAGAA